AUGACUGACGCGACGCACGUUGCGGCAAAGAACGCGGUGGAGGAGGGGCUGAGCUCGGGAGAUCGAGCGAAAAGCAUGGAGCUGGCGAACCAAGCGACUGCAGGCGCGAGCCUUUCCAGCUUCGAAGUCGGAUGCCCGAACCAGGAGGUGUCCAAGGCGCAAGGACAGCUGGAGGGUUCGGAGACUGCGGUUCCGCGUGUUGCGUUCGGCCUGUCGCGUUAUGUUGUUCUGGUCGCCUACUGCCUGUACUGUCUGCUUUCUGGACCGUCCUUCAUGAACUGGACAACAAUUGCCGACUCUCUCUACAUGUCGGGUGCUUUCGAGUGGGAGUGCAAACCCGGCGAGAUUGACUUCACGGUUCUUUCCCACGAGCCGAAAUGCCCCGAGCAGGAGAUCUCUGUGAACUACCUGUUCACUGUUGCGUCGUGCUCGUAUUUCGUGUUUGCGAUGCUCGGAGGUAUCAUGCUGGACUUUGCUGGCCCCAAGUUUGGUGCAUUCACCGGCCUUGCGUGCCUGGUUGUCGGGUGGACUCUCUUUGGGCUCUCCUCCGAGAGCUUCCGAGCGUACGUGCCGGCGGCGGUGUUGAUGGGAGCAGGCAUUGACAUGGCGUUUUUCCCGUGCCUGUGCGGAGCAAAUCUGUUCCCGGGGAAGGGUGCGACGAUCAUCGCUAUAUUGGGUUCUUUCCGUUCGAUCUCCUUCAUUGUCGGCGUUACGCUCCGGACCAUUUAUAUGAACGUAGAGGGAGCGACGUUCCGGGGCGUCAUGCUAGGCUAUGUUGGUGUGGGGCUGGGUUUGUGUGUGCUCGUUGCCGUGUUGAUCAUCCCGAGUAAGGCCUGGAUGGCACCUGACGCGCCGGCGAGCGCCUCCUCGGAGGACGAUGUCGAGGCGGGGGCCGACGCUUUGGUCAAGCAGGAGAAGAACUUGACGGCAGUUCAGUCGAUCAAGCGCGACUUCCUGUCUCUCUCGUUCUUGCCCCUGUUCCCGUAUUUCGUCCUGGUGCUGAUUGCGAUUCUUUUCUUUGCGCCGUCGGCGAAGCGUCUCAUCCCCAGCGCGUACGAGGCCAACCAGAUCAUUUCCAUUUUCUCGUUUGUCCCGUGCAUCCUGCUGGGAUGGGUCGCCGACCGGGUUGGUAUUGUCCCCGUCAUGAUGAUCUGCAACAGCUGCGGCCUUAUCUCCUGGAUCCUCAUGUUAAUCCCGGGAAUCCCGUGCUUUGUCGCUUCGCAGUUCAUUGUGUCGAUUCUCAUUUCCAUCCAAAUGUCGUUCUUGGUUUCGCAAAUCUACUGCUACGUUGCCGAGGUCUUCCUGCCAGAAAAUAUGGGAAAGAUGAUCGGGUUUUUAUGCUCAGUGGGGGGUAUUAUCUCGCUUGUGACCGACCCCAUGAGAAAAUACAGUGUUGACAACGGGUUCUACACGAUGACAGUGUUGUGCCUCAUUUUUGCGGCCGUCAACGAAGGGCUUCUUUUGUUCAUGUAUGUGAGGAAAAAGAAAGUCCCCAAGGUGCUGUAA